AUUUUGUCUUCAACUUUUCCACUCAAGUUUACUUUCUCGGGACUUGCCAGACGCUUAUGGGAAACUCGGAGCCGCAACCAUGAAGCUGUGUGGGACUUUUUUAGAAAAUGAGUACCGGGGGAAACUCCUGAACCAGCGCUGGACGCGAGGAGACAAGAUCAGCCGCUGCCGGCCCUCUCUCAGACUGCAGAGCCGACCAAUCAAAAUGAGUUUGGAUACUGAUGACAAGCGCACUCGCACACGGUCCAAAGCAGGAAGAGUUCCCUCAGAGAUCAUUGGACAGGAGCUCAGCUGCCCUACUCCAGGAUGCAAUGGCUCAGGCCAUAUCAGUGGCAAAUAUGCCCGACACAGAAGUGUUCCAGUCAACUGGCUGAGAUUUAUAAAGGCUUUUAGCCAGCACAAUGCCACCUACAGUGCUUUGAGUUGCCCAUUGGCCAGAAAAAGGCACCUACAUGAAGCAGAGUCAGAGCAACCUGCUUCCAAGAGGAAGUCCCACCCACUGAAGCUGGCGAUGGAUGAGGGAUUCAAUGCAGAGAGUGAGGGGAGCGGAGAGGAGACGGAGUUGAGGGAGGAAGAAGAGGAGUAUGAAGAACAGGAGGAUGAAGAACAGGCAAAGCAGAGAGCUGGCAAUCAAGUGUAUGAAGAAGAGGAGCAAGCGAAACACAACAUAGAGGGCACCAAUACAGAGGAGGAGGAUGGUGAUGAAGAGGAGUGCAUCAUCAUUGAGGCAUCCAACACAGAGAAGCCCAAGCUUUCAUUCUCUGAGGAGCUCUCUAACUAUCAGCACAUCGUGGCCAACUCUAUGCCCCACCUCAACAACCACAAUAGUGGUGCCAUGUCACCCCAACAACAACAACAUUCUGUCACAAUGGGAGCACAAGAUAAAAGCCCUUUCAGGCAACCAGAAGAAGAGAAAGAAGGAAAUGAAACAGAGGAAACAGGGAACCAAGUAGGAGUUCUAGUGUCUAAAGAGAAUGGAGUAAUGGGAAAUAAAGAUGAGAUUAACGAUGAAGAAGAGGACAUGCAUGCUGAGAGCCAGAAGGAGUUAGACCACCAGUAUUUUACUGAGAUGAUGGAGAGACAACAAGCUGAAGAGGAAGAUGAUGAUGAUGAUGAUGAUGAUGAUGAUGAUGAUGAGGUGCUGAAGUCUGAGAUUACAGCUGAAGAGACAUACAAGGAAAUUAAGUCUGAAAGGGAAGGGGACAAAGAAAUCGCCCCUUCAGUUAUCACUGCCACUCAGGGAUCCCACAUAAGGGAAGACUAUGUUUCCCACAAACUUAUAUUGCCAGAAAGUUACAGCUCUAGUAAGGCCGCCACAGUAUCUCCUGUGUUUAUCGAAGUGCAGUCUGAGGAGUCAGAGAGGGAUGCCGACGUGGACGGUAACGAUGAUGAUGGGGACAACGAUAGCUUGUCUCAACGAUCAACGGUGGUGGACGAGUCUGAGAUGUUCGACAUCAUGCGGGGGAACUUGGGGUUGCUGGAGCAGGCCAUUGCUUUGAAAGCCCAACAGGUUAAAGCUCAUCGUGAGCUCAGCCGCAUUCCCGAACACCACCGCUUUUUUCCUCUCGACGAACGGCCCGGCAAACACAUGGAACAUAUCCGCAAGAGCUGCUUUGGAAAAGAGAGUUCUAGAUCAGAGAAGCGAGAGAUCAAAUGCCCAACCCCCGGGUGUGAUGGAACGGGUCACGUGACAGGACUCUAUCCCCACCACCGCAGUCUGUCAGGCUGCCCACACAAAGAUCGGAUCCCUCCAGAGAUUUUGGCCAUGCACGAGAAUGUCUUAAAGUGCCCAACACCAGGCUGCACUGGUCAGGGUCAUGUCAACAGCAACCGCAACACACACCGCAGUUUGUCUGGAUGUCCCAUCGCUGCUGCUGAAAAGCUCCCGAAAAGUCACGACAAGCAACACCUGCCCCAGCCCAUGGGCGAGCAUAUCAAAGGCAGCCUAAACUCUGACCGCAUUCUCAGGCCCAUGUGUUUUGUGAAGCAGUUGGAGAUUCCUCCUCAUGGCAGCUACAGUCCCAGCCUCAUGCCCGCCACGCCACACGCUAAUCUGGCCAAGGAGCUGGAGAAGUAUUCCAAGGUGUCCUUCGAUUAUGCAAGCUUCGACGUGCAGGUGUUCGGCAAGCGCAUGCUUGCCCCAAAGAUUCACACCAGCGAAACUUCACCCAAAGCCUUCAAAUCCAAACCUCCAUUCCCCAGGGCCUCCCCCCCAAGUCCCAGCUUGCACGUUGGUUAUGGAAAAAGUUCCACCAGCAGCUAUGAUUAUUCCCAUGAUGCCGAAGCUGCCCACAUGGCCGCCACUGCAAUCCUCAACCUGUCCACGCGCUGCUGGGAGAGACCAGAGAACCUCAGCAUCAGACACCAAGAUAAGAGUAUGGAAAUUGAGGUGGAUGAGAAUGGCACCUUGGACCUAAGCAUGAAGAAGCCCAUAAAGAGAGAAGUGGGCAUAUCUUGCGCCAGCCCUGAAGUGCGUUCCCCUGAUCUGUCUUCAUCAUCUUUAUCAUCGUCCGCAUCUCUUCACCACGUCAACAGCAGCAUCUCACCCCACUCUUUACACACCUACAAACAAGAGGAGUGGGAGGGGCCUCUGGACUACACCAAGCCCAAUCGACAGAGAGAAGAGGAGCUAGAAGAGAUGGACCACAGCACGCAGUCAUUUGCCUCGUCUGACCCUGAGGAUUGUGACAUGAUGCAGGAGAGCCUUGAUGACAGGAAGUACCCCGGAGAGGUCACAACCCCCAGCUUCAAGGUCAGGUUCCAGCCCAAGGACAACAAGAAAGAGCUCCUACUGUGUCCUACUCCGGGCUGUGAUGGCAGUGGACACAUCACCGGAAACUAUGCAUCCCAUCGCAGCCUGUCUGGGUGUCCUCUCGCUGAUAAGAGUCUUCGGUCCCUCAUGGCAGCACACACAUCUGAACUCAAAUGUCCAACUCCAGGAUGUGAUGGUUCAGGUCAUAUCACUGGUAACUACGCGUCUCACAGGAGUUUGUCUGGGUGUCCACGGGCCAAGAAAGGUGGAAUAAAAACAACUCCCAUCAAGGACGACAAGGAGGACUCCGAGCUCUUAAAAUGCCCAGUGCCAGGUUGUGACAGCCUGGGUCACAUCAGUGGGAAAUACGCCACUCACCGCAGUGCAUACGGAUGCCCGUUGGCAGCCAGACGGCAGAAGGAGGGUUUGCUGAACGGGUCUCCAUUCUCUUGGAAGGCAUUUAAGACAGAAGGCCCAACCUGUCCCACACCGGGAUGUGACGGAUCGGGACACGCCAACGGCAGCUUCCUCACCCACCGCAGUCUCUCAGGCUGCCCCAGAGCCUCCCUCAACAAGAAGAAAGCCAAGUUCCCCGGAGAAGAGUAUCUCAGCACUAAGUUCAGAGCCAGUGAUGUGUUAGACAAUGACGAAGACAUCAAGCAGCUCAAUAAAGAAAUCAAUGAGCUCAAUGAAUCCAACAAUGAGAUGGAGGCAGAUAUGGUCAACCUUCAAACACAGAUCACAUCGAUGGAGAAGAACCUGAAGAACAUUGAGCAGGAGAAUAAGGUGAUUGAAGAACAGAAUGAGGCAUUAUUUGUGGAGCUGUCUGGACUAAGUCAAGCUCUUAUACAGAGUCUGGCCAACAUCCGUCUGCCUCACAUGCAGGAGCCAAUCACAGAGCAGAAUUUUGAGAGCUACGUGAGCACCCUUACUGACAUGUACACCAAUAAGGACUGCUACCAGAACCCAGAGAACAAGGCCCUUCUUGAGACCAUCAACAAAGCGGUGAAAGGCAUUAAGGUCUGACUAAGCCAAAAGACGAGGAUGAGAAACAGAAGCGUUGAACAGAAAUAGAAAUGUGGCACCAUUGGGAAGAGCAAACAUAUGACACACAAAAAAGGGCAUUCAGGUUUUUUUGAACAACAAUCUAAACCUUCAUCCCAGGGAGCAUUCUGUGAGUUCAAAAAGAGGUAUAUAAUAUAUAUUACUAUGAGGACCAAAAUCCACAAAAGCUGCUGGAUUGGAAGGCGAAGAUGGAACCAAAUCCUUUAUUUACGGAGAAGAGACAAACCUAGUUUUCUUUACAGUUUUUGUUUUACAUUCAAAUGGUGAGAAGUUUUGGAAGAAGAAAAAGAAACUGGGAGUAGAACUUCCAGAAGAUGUGCAGCCCAGGCUUUAAGUGAAAGAAUGAGUCUUUUACUCAUUUUUGAGUAUGCUGCUCUUCUGAAACAACAAAAGUGAUGCUCCAAAUACAAGUGAUCCGUGCAUGAGCCCCAGCGGAACAGACAUAUGCAGCGUUUCCUUCUUUUCCCGAAGAAACCAAAAGUCGUUUGGAUCGUGGGAAAUGAGAGGAUGUUGUACUAGCAUACAAAGUGAGCAAAUGCGUGUGCAACCUUAUCAGUGCCAUGCGGUUGACUCUGUAAAUUUCACCUGUUGAAACACUACUUUAUCUCGGCAGCCAUUUAUUGUUUAUUAGUUUUUGUUUUAGAACUACACACGGGAGCAUUAGCUUGCUCUCAUUAAUUUGUAGUACUUACACUGUACGGAUAUUUACCCAGCAUAGUCAUAUCUCUUACAUUUGAACAAUGAGUUGCACUUCAUUUCAGUCCAUUCAACAUCAGACAAGAUGUUGGUUGUCACUGAUCUAUAAAUUAUAGGACACUUGUCCAGACACUACUAUAAUUUAUUUAUAUUUUGUUAUCAUUUAAUUUUAACCGUAUUAUUAUUUAAAUUUGCCUAUUUAAAUAUACACAGCCCUUCUGCUUCAUGACAAUGUGGCAAGGAAAUGUACCACUAAUUUUUAACUUCUUUUCAUUUGACGAUAAGAGUUUUUAAACAUUUUUUUAAGUGCAAAUAUUUUUAACCAACAAUGUUUUGAUAAUUUUGUACAUUUUCUUUCUCUCUACUUGUGUAUGUGUCUCUAUUUGCAAUUUUUUUUUUUUUUUUUCAAAUUUACAACACAGCUGAAGGAGAAGUAUCAUCUCUAUUUAUUAUUUAUUUAAUAUUUAUGAUGAAAUUAUAAACUGUGAUACGGUUGUAAUGUAUAUUUAUUUUGUUACGUCUCCAUGUGUUUGUAAAGUCUUAGUAGUCUCAAAGAAUGUUGGUGAUAUAAAAAUAAACACAAAAAACUUUUUGGACUAAAGAAUAAAAAAUGAUGAUUAUCAAGGUUUUCCUUAUACCAGCAUUACUUCCUAUAGGAAUGUAAAGAGAAAAAAAGCAAUUCCAGUACUGUGGAACCUACAGCUUUGACUCUUACCCCGUCUGUCUCGACAGAAGGAAGACAUUCUUCUGGAUCCUCUUGUGCUUUUUUUUCUUUCUUUUUUUUCUUUAUACCUCCUCAAGCUCUCAGUAGUGGCCAAAAACUGUUUCCCCUGAACAAUCCUAACGAAUUACAAAUGUAUUAUUUUUACUUUCUUGCUAAACUUGUCUUUGUCGGACCAUGGGAAGCAUGCGGUCGUUUUUGCGGCGAGGCACAGAAGACGAAUACCAACCAUCCUGACGGAAACUCUUGAACCACAAUGCCCUUACUCGACUAGUAUCAGACAAGCAUACACCUGUGUAGCCUUAUACUAGAUUUUUAUUUCUUUGAUGCACAAAGUGCCACUGACCUGUGCUUUUGUUACCUACUCCGCCCAUUCAGCAACCACACUACCCUCAGGUCAUGUGACCGUGGCAUAAGUGGGGAUUGUUAAAGAUGCCUUUAUUCCUUUGCCGUAAUGGCCAUACCUACACAAUAUAUCCAUUCUGUAUUUAAAAGAAAAAAGACAACAAAAAAACUAUAUAUAGUAUAUAUACAUACAUAUAUUUUUACAGUGUAAUUGUUAACUCUUUUUCUCUUAUAAUAGCUAAACAGAAACAAUAUCUUUCCAAAAGCUGUGAGUCCUACUAUUGAUAGAAGACUAAAUAAUAUAAAAAAAGAUAGACCCAGUUUACUGUGGUUGCAGGAUACGAUGUGUUUUAUAAUAUGUAAACAUACAUUUCUAAAGCGAAGAAUACAAGGAUGUUUGUAGAGUUUCCUAUUUUCUGGUCCGAACUCACUGGGCCUCUGUAUGUAUCUCAGCCACAUUAAUGGAACAGUGGUUAACAGAUUAGUCUUAGGCUGUAAUCGUUUAGACGCAUUGUACUGUGCUGAAAAUUCUCCUCGUUGGAUCCGUCUUUAAUAUUGUAUGGUGUUGUGCAGUUCUGGUGGGACACGCCACACUUAGAUAUGCGUGUAAAAUUCCAGUCAUCGCAAUGACAUCUGUAUGACUCAUAAUAGCAAGUUGUGAAAUGAACAUUGUGCCUCUAUUCAGAAGGUCGUUUCGUUAAAUAGUACACAGCGGUCAUGUUGCUCAUUUGCUAUUAUGGCAGCAAUAUUGUGAUGGACAGAACAUGUGUGCACUUUUCAAAAAUCUUGAAUGCCAACUAAUGACCUUUAAAGCAAAAGGUUUUCUUUGUGUGUGCGCGAGUGUUUGGGUGUGUGUUAGUGGAUUCUUUUUUUUAUUUUGAAAAAAGGUACAAAUGGCUACUGGACAACUGUUCAUUGCUUCAACAGAGUUGGGAUAAAAUAUCGCAAAUGUCUUUGACUUGUUCGUUGUUGUUUGAUGUGAAUCCGUAUCCUGUCCAAAAUGUCAAAUGCCCUUUGACCGAUAUCUUUUUACCUUGUGGCCAGUACUAAAAAAAAGCCCUUAUCCAUCCAAAAUCAGAUGUACGAUAUCAGAUCUGUUAGCUCUCGGCAACAAGGCCUUCCAUAAAGGGAAAAAAGAUGUGGUUUGAGCGUUUGCGUUCUGAGAUUGUCAUUGACAUGUCUUCGCACACAGAGAAAACGAUGGAGAUGCUAGUUGCAUAAAUCUUUGUCCAUUUCCACAGAAUGUCAGAUCGGCCUCAUUCGCCUCGUUCUGUGUAACUUUUCUGCAGGAAAGAUGUGUGCGUUGCAUUUCAAUACCACAGAGUUUCCUUUGCUUUAAAAGCAAUCUGAAGAUGCGGUCUAUCUGUAACGGAAGAGUUUUCUUCCUUCUAUUAAAUUGCGUAGAGGGAAUACUCACUACAGAUGUCAGAUCGUCUUAUUAUGAUGGGAGAAACAUUUCUAUCUGGUUAUUACUACUGACAUGAGAUAGCCUAAAGCAUGUGUGAAUUAUUCUUCCUCGAUGCAUGCUUCUUAAAUGCCUGCUGUCAGUGAUGAUGAGCAGCUAUGAAUGUUGCACGGUGAGGUUGAGUGUGUUGAAUCUGCCUAAUAAUGUAGCAUGUUCUCUGGAGCAUUGUAGCAUCUGCAAAUGCAAGUCAGCAUAUGUAACCCCUCUCCGGGGAACCAAAUAAGGGUAGAUUUAGCACCUUGUACUUGAGAGUCCGGCCUUUCUGAGACUUGUGCCAAUCGUAGGUCAAUUAAAAUGGUUCCUCUGUCAUUUCAUGAGAAACAAUAACAGCUAAAAAGUCGGAAGGUACUGUUUGUCCCAUUAAGCUGAUAUAACCAAAACAGCCCUCAUUCUGUAGGUACUGUAGCUUACAGCUCUGUGGUUUUCUCAUGUGUGCCUUUUCUCGCUUCUGUCCGCUGCAGGAAAGGGUGUGUUGACAUUUAAGGAUGGGUUCAAAUCCCACUCAGGACACCAACCUUUUGUCCUUUUUUUUCUUUCCUUCCUUGUUUUGAGGAGGUGGGGGUAGUAGGAAUUCAGCAAAGUGGUGAACACCAAGAGAGGAUCAUACUGAAAUCGAUAUUCAGCUUAUUGUUCAACAUGAAAUAAAUCACAAUAUGUGAAACACGAUUCUUCCCAAAACUGUGAUUCUGAUUCAGGUAUGAAAAUGUGUGGUGGAUCAUUUCAUCGAGUCUGAAAAUAAUCAUCGAACGUAUCACAGAGGAAGCAUUUAUACACAGGGCAUUAUUCUGACAACAAUGGGAUUCUGUACAUUUGUAAUAAAGAACAGUGUUGUUGUAUUAAAGAAUACUUAAAAGUAAAUGCAGAAAAAAAAAAGAAGAAAAAAAACAA